GACGAUCUCAGGACUGUCAGUAUCACUUCGUCUUCCAGCAAGAUAUUUCAAGUCUUCCUUCGCUCGCACCAGCUGAUUCAAGAUAUCAACAAUGGCUCCCACAAACGUUCUCGCUAUGUUCCGCCCUGCUCAGGUCCAGGAGUUUAAAGAGGCCUUUGCUCUGAUCGACGUCAACAGGGACGGAAUCAUCCAGGUUGAUGACCUGAAGAGCAUCUACGCCAACCUGGGAAAGGUCCCAUCUGACGCUGAACUGCAGGAGAUGCUGAAGGAAGCACCUGGCCCCCUUAACUUCACCACCUUCCUCAACAUGUUCGGGGAGAAGAUGGGAGGUACUGAUUCGGAAGAAACAAUCAAGAACGCUUUCGCUAUGUUUGACGAAGAUGGCAAAGGAACACUGCCCGAGGAUAACAUCAAGGACCUCCUGCAGAACAUGGGAGACAACUUUACCCAAGAUGAGAUCAAAAUGACAUGGAAGGAAGCACCUAUCGCUAAGGGCCAGUUCAACUAUGUGGCCUUCACCGGCAAACUGAAGGGCAAACAGGACGAGGAGGAGAUGAAGGCAUAAGCCUUGACCUUAAACGUAACCUUGACCUAUAUCGACCUUAUACGUAACCUUGACCUGCGUCAUAGUGUCGUGGUCAUCGUAAACUUAGUGUACAAACAGUUCACUGCGAAAUACAAUUGUAGCUGAAACGAACUUACAAUACUGACAAUGUCAAUGUGUACAUAAGAGUUAAUAUUAUGUUGUUAAACAUUUAUCUGUUUGGGUUGGGACGUGGGAUCGAGUGGAGCAACAUAAGGCCAAGCCAUCUAAAGGCACAGUAAUUCGAUGUGCAAAGUUGAGUCCCUUGGUUACUCUAACAACCUUUGAUGGUUGGUUCGAAUCCAGGUUGGUCCCGAUCAUGUUUCUGGGUUUGUCAGCACCAUACCCUUGCUCUGGGGUUCACCAAAGUAAAAACAUCCGAGACGUGCAUAAAUUUGGGCUUUCCUCCCAAGCUGACACACCGUGGUAUAACUGAAAUACUGUUCCAGGCGGCGUUAAACCCAACUCACUCACUCAGCCUUUUGAAAUUUGUAAAGAUAAUGAUAUCUGACAAAUACUGAUAUGGAUGUUUGCCACUGAACGAAUGUGUACUGUACAUGUAUAUACGUUUUUAUUUAUGACACCUCACAAUAAACAUGAACAUGAAAUAGA